AUGAGUGGUCUAACUGAGAAACUUCAUCGGGCUGUCCAUGAUGCUCACGUCGACGAAAUAAAGAAUUUACUUGAAAGAGGUGCUUCUGUAAAUGGUAAAUUUAAGGGAGAAACUGCUCUGCAUGUAGCAGCAACACAUGGAAAUGUUGAAGUUGCAGAUCUUUUGAUCAGAAACAGAGCUGAUAUAAAUGCUAUUAAAUACAAUGAACAGACUCCCCUUCACACAGCAGCGAACACAGGAAAUGUUCAAAUGACAGAACUUUUGAUCAGGAAUGGAGCGGAUUUAAAUACUACUGAUUUGCAUAGAAACACUCCCCUUUACAUCGCAGUAAUGAAUAAAAAUGCCGGAGUGACUGAUUUGUUGAUCAGGAACAAAGCUAACUUGAAUGGUACUGGAGAUAAUAUAUUGUAUCGUGCUGCUGAAUUAGGAAAUGUAAAAGAAAUCAAUAUUCUUCUUGCAAGUGGGGCCUCAGUUGAUUAUACAACCAAUGAAUUUGGAGGACAAACAGCCUUGUAUGCAGCUAAAUCGUCCACAAUAGCGGAAAUAUUGAUUCAGAAAGGCGCACUUGUUAACUUUAGCAAUUCCCUAGGAAAUACACCUCUACAUGAUGCAGUUAUUAAUGAGUCGACGUCCACAGUGGAAGAACUUAUUCGUCUAGGUGCAAAUUGUUCACCUCCAAACAACCAGGGAGAUUCGCCUCUACAUCAGGCAGCUAGUCUAGGUUUAUCAAGGAUGGUUAUCACGUUGAUUCAGUUGGGUGCCAAUAUAUCAGCUACGAAUUACAAGGGAAAAAAACCAUUGGAUUUAGUUGAAGAUAUCUGCAGAGAAUCGCAUUGGUAUAGCAAAUACGCUAAGGGUGAGUCACCUUUACAUCAAGCAACGAGGUUUGGAGAGAAGACAAUGGCGAAUGUGCUCGGUGAUUCACCUUUACAUCAAGCAGCCCUCCAUGGAGAAAUGGGUCUAGCGGAGAAUUACGUUAAUCGAGGUGCAAAGUUGUCCGCUGAAAAUAACAAGGGUGAUACACCUUUACACAGUGCAACAAUGAGUGGCGAUGAGCGAAUGGUGGAGACUUUAGUUAGACUUGGUGCCAAAUUGUCCGCUAAAAAUAAUAAUGGGGAUUCGCCUUUACAUCAAGCAAUACGGAUUGGCGAGGAGCGCAUGGCAGAAACGUUGGAAAAAAUAGACAACGUAGAUAACACCAAUGAACAACCUAACAACACAGGCAAUAUUGAACCAGAGUUUAUUGACGAUCCCAUAAUACCAAAAGGAGAACAGUCCAAUGAGAACAAAAAAGGUGGUGUAUAUUCUAUAUUUAAAGAUUAUACCCAAAGAUGUGGCGACACAUCAGUUUGUCCCUGCAAUGCUUUCAUGUUCUUGUUAUCCUCGGGAAAUCUUAGUUCAGUUAUGAUCGACAAAGACAAAUAUGACGAAUUUGACGAGAUGGUUCAUAAUUAUAAUCUUAUGUACUGGACACUGUAG